CCGGGAAGGAUUCAGGAAGGACGGGAGCCCAUGAUGAAUUUCUUGAAAGUUCAUUUCAGCUGCUAAAUGUCCCGUACAUCGAUUAGUUUUCACAUCUUGGGAUUUUGUGGCGAAGGGGAGAAAGCAUAAGGGACGCUGGGGAAUUGGCUGAAAAAGAACAAAGAGAGAGAAAAUCAAAUGGAGAAAGGCAAUGGUACUGGUGUUACUGGUAAUCCCAUGAUUGUUGAAGAACUCAAGAACGCGCGACGUUUUGCAGUGAGCCUGGCCCGAGAAGUUGAUGCAAGAACCAAAUGUUGCUUGAAAUUCGGCGCCAGAAUGACGAGGCUUCAGCUGCUCUCUCCAGGGUCGUUGCCCAAAAACAAAAGCUUCAGCAAUCUUAUGGUCAAGUGAUGAGGAAGUUGCAUCUGAAUGAAUCAGAAAUGGCAAAGAUGAGGUGCAGCUUGAACUUGCAACUGAGAAAUUUUGGGAUGCAAAACACAAGUCUGAGGCAAGAAUUGGCAAGCAUGCAGGAAGAACUAGCAACUCUAGCAAAGCAGGACAAAAAACAGAGCCAAGGUGACCUUGAACCCAUAAAUUUACUUGUGGAGAAGGACAAGUUGAAAAAUCAAGAAAUCGAAGAACUAAGCAGCAAAUUGGCUGAAAAAAUUGAUGAAGUUCAAGACAUGGAAGCUCUGAACCAAGCACUUAUUGUGAGGGAGCACAUAAGUAAUGAAGAGCUACAGGACGCUCGCAAGGAAUUAAUUAGUACACAUCUGGCACUGGUCAUACAGGUUUUGCCUACUCUUCUAGAUGGACAAAGUAUUGGGGUUAAAAGGAUGGGAGAAAUUGAUGUUGAUCCAUUCAAAGUUGCUUGCUUACGUAAAUUCUCUGGGACGAAUGGAUGGAGCAUGCUAACGAGCAAUAACAAAUACAUAUUUGAUUCUUCUAGUGUCUCCAUUACCUUUAUCUUACUGCGAAUGUGGAAGGCGCCAUUGCAAGUUUAUGUCUUGGCGAUGCAGGAAGUGAUUGAUGAACAAGACAGCAAGUUGAAAGAAUUGAGAAGCCAGUGGGGUGAGGGUGUAUACAAUGCAGUCGCAAAUGCUUUGUUAGAACUGAACGAGUACAAUCCAAGCGGGCGGUAUGCAGUUUCAGAGCUUUGGAACUUCAAGGAGGGCAGAAAAGCUAGUCUAAAAGAGGUGAUCCAAUGCUUAGCUCAACUGUUGAAGACUCUCAACUCCGCGAAACGGCGGAGGCGAGUGUCAACAUGAAUACCAAAUGCCACAUGAUUAUGUAGGAGCUGAGAACAGGAUCCAGUAAUGUCUUCUUUUAAAGUAAUUUUCCGCUGAUCCAUUUGGACUUUGCGAAUGGCUUUUCUUAGAGGUGCAGAACUGCUGCUGCCGGCUGUCUGAGCAUUCAAAAAGGAUGUCCAUUACUAGUAUAAUUUAUAAGGUAGAAGAACCAACCUCUUGGUCAUGGAAGUACAUGUCUCUGUUUAUAUGAAAUUGGUGUUUCAGCAUUAAAACUCUUGUCAUUCCUGGCAAUUCGUAGAGAGUGGGUGCAUAUAUUUUACUUCUUGC